UCUUAGUUAAAAGCCUAUUUAAAAAAAUCUUGUAUAAAACUAGCACUUUUUUCAAAGGUGGAUUCAGGCUGAAGAAUCAGAUAACUGGCUGCAUUGAUUGGAUCACUAGUAAAUGCGGCGCUUGAUGACACACCACUCUCUUCUCUCCUGCAGCUAGCGGGCGUAUGCGGGGUAGUCUUGCUGAAAACUACAUUAAUUCCACCCUCCGAGCAGUCCAACAAAACAUGUGCAUUCCACUAGUGUUUUGAAACCGUCGUUUUUGAACGUCUAUGUGAUUCCCAGUUGUGCUCAUGAGCCUGCUAGGUGGCUACAAGAAAAAGGGCAGUUAUGAUGGCUACGAAUCUUUGCAGUUGGUCGAUAGCAGCGGAGACUUCUGCAUCGGGGGAAGAAGCGGCGGUUUGACGGCAGUAACCCUCGGCAGCGCUAAGUCAGGCCCGGCGCGACAGGACGACUACAGCACCAUGGACAGCUCAGGCCCUCCGUCUCCAGAUAUGGAUGGGAACUAUGGAGGGGGACUUCUGGAUAUGGUAAAAGGAGGUGCAGGAAAGUUCUUCAGCAACAUCAAGGACAACUUAAAAGACACCAUCAAAGACACCUCAACCAAGGUUAUGAAUCAAGUGGCCACGUAUACAAAAGGAGAACUGGACAUUGCCUACAUCACCUCACGUAUUAUCGUGAUGUCAUAUCCUGCUGAGGUAGUGGAGAUGGGCUACAGGAACCACACAGAGGAUAUCCGCUCUUUUCUGGACACACGACAUGCCGACCACUACACUGUUUUUAACCUGUCACAGAGGAACUAUCGGGGGGCCAAGUUCUCCAACAGAGUUUCUGAAUGUAAUUGGGCUUCCAGACAGGCCCCGAGUCUACACAACCUGUUUGCUGUGUGUAAGAAUAUGUACAACUGGCUCAAGCAAAACCCCAAGAACGUGUGUGUGAUCACAUGCUCGGAUGGCAGAGCUCCUUCAGGUGUACUGGUCUGUGCCAUGUUCUGUUUCUGCCACCUCUUUGCCAACCCAGUGCCAGCCAUGCAGCUUCUCAGUGCCAAGAGGCCUGGAUCUGGCCUGUGGCCCUCACACAGGAGGUACAUAGGUUAUGUGUGCAGUAUGGUCUCAGAGAAGCCCACAGUACCACACUCCAAACCAAUAGUCAUUAAAGCUGUCACAAUGAGUCCUGUUCCUUGCUUCAACAAACAGCGCAGUGGCUGUCGGCCUUUUUGUGAUGUACUUAUUGGCGAAACCAAGAUAUUUUCUACAGCUCAGGAGUAUGAGAGAAUGAGGGAACACAGGAUUCAGGAGGGCAAAGUGGUGUUUCCUGUGGGCGUGAGUGUCCAAGGAGACGUAGUGAUUUCUGUCUAUCAUAUGCGCUCACAUGCACUACAGGCCAAGGUAACAAACACCCAGAUAUUCCAGAUUCAGUUCCAUACCGGUUUCAUUGCCCCCUGCACCACAGUCUUAAAGUUUCUGAAGACAGAGCUGGAUGCAUGUGAUUCUCCAGAGAAAUACCCCCAGCUGUUUCAAGUGCUUUUAGAUAUUGAGGUGGAAAGCAUAGAGAAAGGAGGAGAUCUCACCCCACCGUGGGAGCAGUUCCCCACCAAAGACCUGAUCCCCAAUGUGCUUUUCUCCUGCCAUCAAGAACACCAGGAUGCACUUGCUAUUUCAGAUCCUGCCCAGGGUCACGGGGGUUGUGGAGGCAGAGUUGGUCCGAAUGAAGAGAGUGAACCCUCGGACGAUGACAUGCUCUCCCUUUCUAGCCAGCAGAGCAACACAAGCAAUGAGAAAGCAAAAGCAGCUAAAAAGCCAGAGCUCCAGCCCUCACCUGCCCCUCCUCCUCCAACAGCAGAAGAAGUGGAUCUGCUGGGUCUGGACAGGGACACAGCUCAGCCUCCUCCAUCCUCCCCGCAGCCUCCCACCACCAGCACAACCACAGACCUGUUGGGGGAUCUGUUCGUAGCUCCUCCCACACCACAGCCGGCCAGCGGCCCCUCCUCUUCUCAGUCAACCCCACGGAGAACUACAGCCUCUUCAUCACCCAGUCCAUCCCCUCGAACUGGAGACACUUUUGACCUGUUCGGGUCUGGGCCAGCUCCCACCCCAAAGCCGCAGGACUUCAUUGGGUCCUUCCUGGGUCCAGGUAAUAUGGGGCAGCCAGACCCCUUCCUGCAUGCUGCACGAUCUCCAUCUCCUACAAUGCAGAACAUGGGCAUGGGCCGCAGUUCGCCUGUGCCACCUACUACUCCCACUGUCAACAUCCAACAGCAGACAGGGACAUGGGAAUGGAACAAACCAGCAACUGCAGGUGGAGGUAUUGGGAUGAGAAGUAAGUCUGCCAGCACCAGUCCAACCAGCUCAGUUCAUGGUACUCCCACCCAUCAGUCCAAACCCAACACCCUAGACCCUUUUGCUGAUUUGGGCAAUCUAGGUCUGGGAGGUUCAGGUUCUGGAUUCUCCAGCAAGCCCACCACACCUACUGGUACAGGAGGAGCAUUCCCGCCCAUGGGCUCUCCCCAGCGUCCUGCUCCUUCACCCCAGCACACUGCAGCUGGAGGCUGGCAACCCAGCACCGGCUUCCCCUCAUGGCAGGCAGGAGGUGGGGGUCAGUGGCAGCCUCAGGCCCAGGGUGCACACCACCAGACUCCACCUAAAGUACCUGGACCCUCCAUGCCCCACACCUCACCACAGAACAGACCCAACUACAACGUCAGCUUCUCCACCAUGGGCGGGUUGUCACCGGGAAGCACUGGGGCAAAAGUACAGACUAACAUGGGAACCAGGCCGAAGGUUUCCAGUGCUAACUUUGAUGACCUGCUCUCCGCCCAAGGCUUUGCUGGCACUAAAGAGAAGAAAGGGCCAAAAACCAUUGCAGAAAUGAGAAAAGAGGAGAUGGCAAAAGAGAUGGAUCCAGAGAAACUCAAGAUACUGGACUGGAUUGAAGGGAAGGAGAGGAACAUCAGAGCAUUGCUUUCCACCAUGCACACAGUCCUGUGGGAGGGGGAGACGCGCUGGAAACCUGUAGGCAUGGCUGACCUUGUCACACCAGAACAGGUGAAGAAGAUCUACCGCAAAGCUGUGCUGGUAGUACACCCUGACAAGGCUACUGGACAGCCCUACGAACAAUAUGCCAAGAUGAUUUUUAUGGAACUAAAUGAUGCCUGGUCAGAAUUUGAAAGCCAAGGACAGAAAGCGCUAUACUAAGACUUUAAACCAAGGCCCUGAUUCUACUGUAUAUGGUCUCAUCAUUCAGCGAUUCCUGCCCAGAUCAUAAUGCAACCCACCUUAGUCCUUGAAACACAACUCCCACCUCCAGGAUCUUGAUACAUCUACAGUAUAGUUGUGUGUGUGUCUCUUUAGUAAAUCAUGUAUCAGGACCAACAUUCACUAGGCCAUCACAACUGCUGUUUUGAUAAGACUGCUAUUGGAAAAAGUUGCAUUCAGCAUUGUUUUAGAGCUUUUUGUAUUUACAGCCGUCUUUCUUUGUGUACUGGGACUUAAAUACCUACAUAACAAAGACAAAACCUUGUCUUUACCCAGCUGUGAAAUACACUACAAGGCCAAAAGUAUGUAGACACCCAAUCACCACACCCAGUUGUGCUUAUUGAACGUUUAAUUUCAAAACCAUUUGGUAUUAAUGUGGAAUUGGUCCUACUUAACAGCUUCCACUCUUCUGGGAAGGCUUUCCACUAGGCUGGAACAUGGCUGUGGGUAUGUGCUCUUAUUCAUACACGAGCAUCAGUUAGGUCAGACACUGAUGUUGGACGAUGGGGGCCUAGGUCUAAGCUGGUGUUCCAAUUCAUCCCAAAGGUGUUCAGUGGUGUUCAGGUCUAGGCUUUGUGCAGGCCAGUCAAUCGCUUCCACACCAGACUCCAAAACCAUUUCUAUAUGUUGGAAGCACACAGUUCUCUAGAAUGUCAUUGUAUACUUUAGCAUUAAGAUACAGUAUGUCUUGACUGGAAUUAAGAGGCCUAUCCAGAUCUGUUAUUUAGAAGGGGGUGUUGAACGUCCACUUACUUUUGGCCAUAAAGUGUAUAUCUGCAAAGAGUCAUCUAGGUCUAGGAAUGAAUUCUGCAGAAUUUAAAUGAGUUUUCCAUUCAUCUAAGAGUUUAAAUGCUGAGAGAUUAAAUGCUACAAACGUUAAGAGCUACUUGGAUGAGAGGUGAAAAACCUGCAACAAUGAUUUGAAUUAUUUAUUUAUUUGUAAUUUUCUUUGGUAUCAUGUCACAACUUCUUUUAGUAGCUAACCAUUCAGUUUCAGACUACAUUUGUCGCUGAGGGGCAAAAGCACAAUAUGUAUGAGAGACUGAUCAGGAAAGAUUUGGUUUUAUCAUACAGCUAGUAAUAUCACCUUCCUCUUUAACCUGUUUCGGGUAUUAUCAGACUAGAUUUGGUGAAACUGAACUGGAUCUGUGAAAUGCAGUAGAUUUGACUAGCAGUUUAUUCUUUUGUUUUUUACUGAAUACUGAUCUGUCUGUAUAUGUUGCACUAUAAUGUACUGUUUACAAUCAUAAAGACAUUAAAUAUAUUGUUUAUUCAUGUAGCUAUUCCAGAAAAAAGAUGCAGAAUAAAUUGUAUAAAUAUGUACCUGAAAGUAAAUCUGACAAGCUUUUUAUUCAAGAUUUACUUUGGGAUCUUAACCUGAUGUUGUACAUUAUUUAACUGGUUUACAGUGCCCUAAUCACAGUUGUAAAGUUUUAAGCUUGUUUUGAUUACAGAAAAUAUUUUUGUUUAAGUUCUAAGCCGUUAUCAUGACUCCAAAACAGAUUAUCUUUACUUAAAGUUGUUUUUCAAAUGGCAGGAUUGCAUUUAUGUAGGGGGAAUACAUGUAAAAUGGGACACUUUCUGAAAAUUUGUCAUUAGCGUCAUUUUAAAAUAUGAUGCCAAAUGGCUUAGCCCCUGACACAAUACCAUUUCAAAUAGCUAAAGGUCUCCACUACACUAUACAGAUAAAAAGGGAAGAUAUAUUAAAUAUAAAACUUAAGUGUCCCACUUUACCUAUAUUCAACCUAUCUCUUAUUCUGUUUGUUAAUGAGACUGUUCUUCUAAUAGGGAAUGUGAUUGAUGGAAAGUAUUUUCAAAUCCCAUUGUUUCAUUACCAUAGGUGUCCUUUAAACUAACAUACCAUCAACGUGUACCUUAACAUUAAUAUUUGCAUCAACUAAUUUGACAGUUCCAACUCUUUAGCAUAUGUACUGCAUGUUUGACUGUAAGUGGCACAUAGUCCAGAGUAAGUUUUUAGAGUGUACAGCCAUUAAUCUGCCCUUUCUCUUCUCAGUAUAUUUGCACUUGUAUGGCAUUAAAGAAAUACAGCACACUCGUGCCGUAACUUGCAGUACUUGAUUUGCAUCAAGUCUAUUAUAUGCCAUCCUCUUUUAGUGCUUAUGAUCAUGUAGUGAUAGAAAGCUUUAGCUGUUCUCAUGUCAGUUUUCUCUAUCUCUUACGUUUUGCCAUCAAAUACCUUCCCCCUUCAUAUAUCCCCCUUCAUAUAAUCCGUUUCUAAGGACUUGAGUGCAUACAACGGAUCAAGAUGACAGUCUUGAUUAUGUUAGAUUAUCAAAAAACUGAUUAAUGAAGGUGCCCUAUACAGGAUGAAUAUUUUCCACCUCCCCUCUUGUGGACUGAGCAAUUUAUCUUUAAUCUAAGGAUGUCAUGAUAAAGCUAACCUCUAUAUACAGUAGUGAAUGUGUGGUGUUAUAAUGAUGCUGUUCUCUGUAAGGACGUGAUAAGGUUCAGAUACAGCUUUGUGUUUGUCUGCUGUAUCAGUAUUAUUGUGAGACAAAUUUGUUUUCUGUGCAUUAUUUCUGUCCCUGGAGCUGUACAUAUGAUAAUGUGCAUUGCACAAAUAAAU